GUGUGGUACGCUGGAAAUCCAACAGGAUUUUGGCUCGAAGGAAACGGAAACCGUUUUUAAAUCCUGAAAAUGGCAUCUGAAAUUUUAAAAGAUCGUUCCAAGUACGAGCAGUUGUGUACGGAUUAUCUUCACAUGAAAGCCAUAGCUUGCAGUUGCUGUGACAAUCCGGUAAAGCUUCAGCAGUGCAAGGAUGCACUUAAAGCAGACAUUUGUUCCAACAGAAAGUUAAGCCGAAUAAACCGAUUGGAGGAACUAUUGCUACUGAUGGAAUCCCGAAACUUGAUCAGCGUGAUAAAAGUUGAACUUUUGGGUAAGCUUGAACCAUCGAUUGACGAUUUAAAAUUUGCGAAGCUUUUACAAAAUUACAAGCUUGUAUUGAAGCAACAUUUCGUCUCGAUCAGACGGUUUUAUCUAGAAGAUAUACGGCGCCGUGACAGAAGAACACUGCUCGAGAAGGAAAUCGAGCACAUCAAACUGGGAUGUCCAGAACAGACACCCCGAAGCGAGUUGACGGGCCAAAAUACAAAUCAAACAACGACAAACUAUUCCAAAUGUAGACAACAAAUCUAUAAUCUGCUUAUCAACGAAAUCGGACGUGAUUGGAACACGCUGGGGAGACACCUCCAGCUCACCUCUGCUGCAUUGUUCGAAAUCGAGGAGCGCCACGGCAAAGACGUAAAAGCUAGAAUACACGAUAUUUUAGAGGAAGCAGAGAGGGAUCAAGUGGACGAGCAGCAUUUUACUGAUCUGCUGGGAGCAGCUCUGAUUAGUACCAGAAGGAAAGAUUUGAAGCGAAAAAUCGAUAAGAUGUUAAGUUGAUGGUUUUCUUUUUCGUGCUUUUACGAAACUUCGCUUUUGUUUUGGAAAAUACAAAAUAUAAUGAAUAGUUUUACACGAUAUAAUUAUUCAAUGUUUGUGAUAAAAAUUAAAGUGUAUUGUAAUAGUAAAUUAGC